AUGAACGAAAGUAUUUAUUCCAACAAUCACAACCAAAAUGAUAAUCAUAUAAUUAAUAGUACUUCAUCUUUGUCUUUAAAUGACAAUAAUUCAAAAUUAAUAGAAAAUGCAAAUACAACUGCUCCAAAUACUACAAUACAAAUAAAUCCAAUUAAUGAUAUUGAUUUUAGUAAUUUAAAUAAAAUUAAUACAAGUACUUCACAACUUUCAAAUAUUAGUGCUUCAACAACUACAUCAAAAGGUUUAUCCAAAUUAUUUUCAAGAAAAAGAUCUUUAACUAAUAUAGCUGAUAAAACUUAUUUAGGAGCAAAUUAUAUUGAUGUAGAUUCAUUAAGUUCAGAUCGUGCAAUUGAUUCCUCCACUACAAGUCAAAGAAAACAUUCAUCAUUAAGAUUAAUUAAAAAGAAACAACAAUCAACUACUGAAACUAUAUUGAAACCAGAAACUUUAGACAAAAGUCCUUCUUUACUGGGUAGUGUCAAAUCUAGAAAAAAUUCAAUUAAUUCUCCGGUUACUAGUAUUCUGAAUUUAUUUCAUAAAUCAUCCAGUUCCAAUAAAUUAGAUGGGAAAAACAUUGAUGAUCAAUUAUAUUCUGGUCAACUGAGAACUGGAGGCAAAGCUAUCUAA